UGCCCCCACCCCACGCCAAGUGACGCCAUAACUGAGCUCCACAAAUCAAAAGCCUUGCAUUUAGUUUUUUCAUUUAAAGGUGGCCGGGCACUUCUUACUGCAUCAUAAACUCAUAGAUAAUACAAAAUAAAACUUCUUGUUUAACUCACUUUAACUUUAACUAUCUAAUAGUAGCCUACAACUCUGAACUGUUUAGAUCACAUGAAAGUACACGAUUCUGUAAAUAGUGAAAACAAACUAUAAGUGUGAGUUCAUUGAUACCAAAUAAUUGAUUGUUAUCAUACUAUGUUAUAUUUAUUCUUUGGGAUUACUGUUUUUCCUAUAACAAAUAAUUUAAUCAGGAAAUUAUUGAAAUAUGUAGAAAAAACAUUACAACAGUAGUCCCAAACAUGUAAUAUAGUAUAAGAAAAACUCGCUUCAGCAAAACGGUCAGACUUCAGAUUUCAGAUCCCAGAUAACUCUUCUAUCAAAAGAAAUCUAGACUUUCAAGUGCAGGCACAAAUGCGUUAAAGCUGCAUUAAGUCUGAACCUUUAUUACUAUGUGAAAGGUUUAUCCUUUCCCCUCCUUUAAUGAAUACAAAAGUUCAUGCAGGCAGAACUAAACUUUUGAACUAAUGAACUAACUAUCAUUAGUUUAUUACAAUACAACUGAAAACAAUAUAGAUUACAUAACAUUUAUACAUUGAUUACAGUUGUAAUGUGUGAUAUUGGCCUAUACAAAUACAGUUUGGUUGAUUGAUAAGCAAUAAAAAUGUUUUAUGAAAGAUAAAAAGUUCUAUCUUAUAUGGCGGAUCAUGAUAUUAUAUGACAGCUAUUUGCAUUAUUACAUUUGAAACCUUGCAUGAGGGAAAAGUUUAGCCUUGGGACUUUUGUUGCGUGUCAUACUACCCCGCCCCCUUUUCCCAUAAUGUCUACACUUUCCUCUGUCAACUAAAGCCAAGAAUGAAAAAAAACACGAACACCUGAAAGGCGACACUCGGGGGAAAAUAACCCUGACUGCAAUAGCUGUCUUCAAAUGUUGCCUGAUCACAAUGUCUGAAACAUUGCUCUGAAAGUAUCGAUCAGGUUGACAAAAGAGUCAAUUUGUAUUUAAACCGUCUGUAAUUUAUUUUAAUGCUUUAAUAAUAGUUUUUAGGUCUUAUUCUUUUGAUUUAUUGAUAUGUACUCGUGACUAAGUUACGUUAACGUGUGCAUAGAUCUGCAGGCAUCUCCUCAGCUACUCAGACUCAGUCUGCCAUACUGGCACCAAGUAACUAAUAUCUUUGCCACAAUCAACCGGAGUUAGCAGCUGAGAUGAUCCACAGUCUGUUCCUGAUUAAUCACUCGGGAGACAUCUUCCUGGAGAAACACUGGAAGAGUGUCAUCAGCCGCAGUGUGUGCGAUUACUUUUUCGAGGCGAAGGACAAGGCAGUGGACCCGGAGAAUGUGCCCCCUGUCCUGCAGACCCCACACCACUAUCUCAUCAGCAUUUACAGGGAUAAGCUCUUCUUCCUGUCUGUCAUCCAGACUGAAGUCCCUCCACUGUUUGUCAUUGAGUUCCUGCACAGAGUGGCUGACACAAUUCAGGAUUACUUUGGCGAGUGCUCAGAAAGUUUAAUCAAGGACAAUGUGGUGACAGUGUACGAGCUGUUGGAGGAGAUGCUAGACAACGGCUUCCCACUCGCGACAGAGUCCAACGUCCUCAAAGAGAUGAUCAGGCCUCCCACCAUCCUGAGAUCAGUUGUCAAUACGCUCAUAGGUGGUAGUAAUGUUGGAGAUACAUUACCAACAGGGCAAUUGUCCAGUGUCCCAUGGAGGCGGGUUGGUGUUAAAUACACCAAUAAUGAGGCAUAUUUUGACGUGAUAGAGGAAAUAGAUGCCAUUCUGGACAAAUCAGGUACGACAGUAUUUGCAGAGAUCCAGGGUGUAAUUGAAGCUUGUGUGCGGCUCACUGGGAUGCCUGACCUGACUCUGUCCUUUAUGAAUCCUCGUCUUCUCGAUGACGUGAGUUUCCACCCGUGUGUGCGGUUUAAGCGCUGGGAGUCGGAGCAAGCCCUCUCUUUCAUCCCGCCAGAUGGAAACUUCACACUCAUGAACUAUCAUGUCAGCUCUCAAAAUCUCGUGACCAUUCCGGUGUACGUGAAGCAGAACAUCAGUUUCUUUGAGACGGAACCUUGUGGUCGCCUGGACAUCACGAUCGGACCCAAGCAGACCAUGGGGAAGACGGUGGAGGCCUUGAUGGUCACUAUCCACAUGCCCAAAUCUGUGGUCAGUGCCAACCUCACACCCACACAGGGAAGCUACACCUACGACCUCGCUACCAAGGUGUUGGUUUGGGACAUUGGGAAACUGAACCCCCAGAAGCUUCCCAACUUGCGAGGCAGUCUGAGUCUGCAGGCAGGAGCCCCCAAACCUGAAGAUAACCCUUCACUCAACAUUGACCUGAAGAUUCAGCAGGUGGCCAUAUCAGGUCUUAAGGUGAGUCGUCUUGAGAUGUUUGGAGAGAAGUACAAGCCCUUUAAAGGCGUGAAAUAUGUGACUAAAGCGGGGAAAUUCCAAGUGCGGACCUGAGUAAUUACUCAGAGGUCAACAAUCCAAUGUGCCAAAUAGGGGUCAAGGGUAUCAGCUCACCAAUAUGUCUUACAUCUCCCCUGGCUCAUUCUUAUUAUUGAAGUUAUUUAUUAUGUGUUUGGCAUUACAUAUAUAUGACAGGAUGGUAUUUGUGGCCUGUAAAGGGAAGCCUUAUAAUCAAUGUGACCUUGUUGAAGUGCUAUUAGUAUCUAUCAGUUUAAAUGUGCUGCAUUGUAUUAAGUAUUCCUCCUUUCCUUCUGGACUAUUUCAGAUGUUUCUUUUCUUUAAACACUUUGUGAGUGUUGCUUAAGGGUAAUAUUUUGGUUUGAAAAGGGGCUUUGAGCCUCACUCCUCACUACGUCGACACACCUAUACAAUCUUACGUGCAUGUUGCCUGAGGGUAAGAAGCUAUGCAUUUGAAAACCUUUUUACAUAGUAUAAGGUAGAACGUUUUAUACUUAUAGCCUAUAUAUACAUAUGUUUAUUUUUGAAAAAUCUAUAAUAUCUACUUUCUGAGUCGCUGCAGCGUGUCUUUAGAGCAGGUAUUUUUGCACACAUUCACUCUUUAAUGUGGCCUUGUAAGGUAGGUUAAGGUGCUAUUGUAUAUCACUAAGGUACAUAGUUUGAUUUGGAAGUACAACUCUAUCUGCAGGGCCUACAUACGAACUAAGGGUUCAGGCACUCAGAAAUCUACAAAGUAAUCAUAAUCUUGAAUGCAACUUCUUUAUCAGCACAAGAUUUACACAAUCAAUUGCCCAUGUGGAAAAUACUACUUCUGUUCUUGCAUGAAGUUGAAUCUGUAUUUCAGUGUAUAAGAUGUCUUAAAGAUUUAAAAUGA